AUGGAGACAACAACAGCCACACCAAGGGAACUCAACGAAGACGACCUCGCCUUUCUAGAACGCUACAGCGCGUUUAGGCGUUCCCAGCACGCUGGUGGCGAGGAGCCGUCACAGGACCAGGAACGGCCCGCCUCCGUCAGCACAUCCUCCACCUAUGGACCACCUGCCUGGCUGAGAAUCGAGCAACAUUCCCACUACCCUAAUGUGGAGGCCACCAUCAAAUCGGACCCUGAUGCUCGCUUUCUGGACUUGGGGAGUUGCUUCGCCACCGACACCAGAAAGGUCAUCGUCGACGGGUGGAAGGAGACAAACAUUGUGGCCGCAGAUGUUAUCCCUGACUUCUGGAACUACGGCUUGGCGCUGCACGAGGACGCUUCUGACAUCAAAUGUAAGGUGGCCAUCGGCGACGUAACGAGCGAUUCCGACUUCGUGAAGUCUCUUGUGGCAGAAGGGCUCUUCGCCCAUGUGUGGAACGGCGCCGUGCUGCACGUGCUCACCGAGGAGAAGGUGGAGGCUCUCUUGCGCGCCGUGUAUUCUAUGCUGCGGCCUGGCGGGACAUACUUUGGUGACUGCGUCGGCACCAGCGCCGAGCCGGGGCAAUGGGAACCCCCGCUGCGCAACCGCACAACUGGGUACCAUCACUCGAGCGAGUCGCUCACGCAAACGCUGGAACGCAUAGGCUUUGUAGAGGUGGAGGUGCGCGGAGUGAAGCUUGAUCUGCCGGGACUCGCAGCCCCGCCGGACCGCUUGUUCCUGUGCUUCUCCGCAAAGAAGCCGCAGUAA